AUGUUGUUGCAACUUAAAUUUGGCAUUGCAUCAUUUGUCAGAAACUAUUCCACCAAAGUUAGUCCUAAACUUCCCUUUAAAAAACCCCAAAUCACCAAUGCCACUAAACCCAGAAUCUCUGAAUCUAAUUCCACCAAAGUUAGUCCUAAACUUCCCUUUAAAAACCCCCAAAUCACCAAUGCCAGUAAACCCAGAAUCUCUGAAUCUAAUUCCACCAAAGUUAGUCCUAAACUUCCCUUUAAAAACCCCCAAAUCACCAAUGCCAGUAAACCCAUAAUCUCUGAAUCCAUCGAAAUGCAAUGGACUGAUCAGCAAUUGCAAGUUUUCGAAGCUAUUGAGCGCCGUCAGUCGGUUUUUGUUACCGGGUCUGCUGGCACUGGCAAAACCAUGUUAGUUCAGGAAUUGAUUAAGUUACUUAGGAAAAUUUAUGGGAAAAGAAAUGUUAGUGUGACUGCCCCAACAGGGGUUGUGGCCUGUGCACUUGGGGGUCAGACCCUACACUCAUUUGCUGGUGUUGGCCUUGCUGAGGCUGAUGCUGAGACUUUGCUGUCUAGGGUUUUGGAUAAUCGUACGGUUAUUAAAAGGUGGAAGACGAUUAAAGCAUUGGUGAUUGAUGAGAUUAGUAUGGUAGAAGGGGAGCUUUUUGAUAAGCUUGAAUACAUUGCUAGAACUAUUAGAGAGAUAGAUGAGCCGUGGGGCGGUAUUCAGCUUGUAGUUAGUGGCGAUUUCUUGCAGUUACCACCAGUAAAUGUUGGUAAGAGUUCUGAUAAUCGAAAGGAAUUCGCAUUCGAAGCAGAUUCUUGGGACAGUUCGUUUCAGUUAGAAGUAGGUCUGAAAACAGUCUUCAGGCAAUCUGACCCAGAACUUAUUAAACUGCUUCAGGGUAUAAGGACAGGGGAGUUAGAUGCUGAAGGUCUCGAGCUGCUUCAGCAACGUCGUUGUUUCGAAGAGCCUGAUGAGACGGUUGUGAGAUUAUUUCCAAGAAUAGCAGAUGUUAAUCGAGUGAAUGAUAUGAGAUUGAAAGGGUUGGGAGAAGAAACUAUUGUUUAUGAAGCCUUUGAUAAAGGGGAUAAACCUUGGAUUGAUCAAUUGAAUCGUGGAAUGGCACCCACUAAACUGCAGCUUUGUGUAGGUGCAAGGGUGAUGCUAUUACAGAACUUAAAUGUGAAGGGCAGAUUGGUGAAUGGUGCUACUGGUACAAUUAUAGGUUUUAAAAAGUCAUGUAAGAGCGACAUUGCAAAGAUAUGUGAACAUAAACUGUUACCAAUUGUGAAAUUCGACUCUGGGUGUGACAAGGAGAUAGGUACUCAUACAUGGAGUGUAAUGGUGGGAGAUAGAGCGCGUGCGACACGGUUGCAGUUACCUCUUAUGUUGGCAUGGGCGAUGAGUAUUCAUAAAUCCCAAGGCGUGACUUUGGACAGGCUUCACACUAAUCUCUCACAGGCUUUUGGUUACGGAAUGAUUUACGUUGCUCUUUCCCGUUUAAGAAGCUUGGAUGGUCUUUCUUUCUCUUCUGCCCUAAACCCUUCAAAAAUUAUGGCCCAUCCCAAGGUUUUAGAGUAUUAUAGAAAUCAUUUCUUGUGA